AUGAAAUUUGGUCAGAAGAUUCAUCCCGAUAAUAUCUUGGAUUAGUUCAAAAAUGAUGCCGGUUGGUUGAAAAACAUGGCUGCCAGGGGGCGGGGCAUUUUUCCUUAUAUGGCUAUAGUAAAACCUUGUUAACACUCUAGAGGCCACAUUUAUUUUCCGAUCUUUGUGAAACUUGGUCAGAAGAUUUGUCCCAAAAAUAUCUUGUUAUCUCAGGUGAGCGACUUUGGGCCUUUCAGGCCCUCUUUUCUUAUUUUUGGAAGAUAAUGUAAUAAAUGCCCAGACCCCCACACUAUACACCCCUCACCACAGUUGUUUCAAUUUCAGGGGUUUUCCAUGGAAUUCCAUGAUUUACCAGAGAUUGCCAGCAUAACUUCCAUGGUGACCCUGGACAAUGUACUCCCGGGCAGUGAGGACCAGCAUAAUGGAGAUUAUUUAAGUACAAUUGUUAAAAAGUGUACUACAUUUUGUAAAUCCAAUGAUGUGUCUGAUCCUAUUCAUGUGCUAAAGAUCUUUCAAAAAGAGAUUGUCACUGGGAGACCAUUAGAACUAACAGAAGAGACAUCAUCUACGGGCAUUUAUGGUGAAACCAAUUUCAUUUUGGUAGACAGAGGCGAUCUACUGAAAACAGCAAUUGAGGAAAUAAGGGCAAUAAGCGACAUGAGGAAAUGCCUUGAAGUUCAGUUCUAUGGAGAGUGUGCUGCUGAUUUUGGAGGUCCAAGAAAGGAAUUCUUCUCUCGUGCCCUGCCCUUCAAUAUCCAAGAACACGGGUAGUACAGUACUACCUGUAUUUUUGGAUAUGGUAGUACAGGUACUAAUUGAUUUUAAGCGUUACUCCUUUUCUUUCUGUCAGUGGCAGUACCGUUACUAAUUUCACAAAUCCUUAUCUGGAGCUCUGGCUAUUGUCAAUUGAUCCUCUUGUCUGUGUUUGGUAAUGUUUAUAUUUAUCCCCCAAUUGCACAGUAGCAGUCAAAAGAUAUUUUGUUCAUCUUCACAAAGGCAGGGUCAUGUAUAUUACCAUAGUUAAAGAGUUCAAAUGUUCAUAAUGGUUAUGUUUAAUUUGAAAAAGGUCCAUCUUUUAGAAACCAAGUAGUCUUGUCCAACGCAUAUUUUAGUACAAACUAUGCUUGUCUUAAAUGAUAUUGUCAUCACCAGAGAGCAUAAUUUGGUACUUAGUAUUUCAAUCGCUAUAUUGCAGUUAAACACUCCAAUUGCAAGCGAAAUGACUACUUGUGUAAUAUAUAUUACACAGAUCUUCUAACGAUUAUUUUGUUAUUUUACUCUUGUUUGUGCAUUUUAUUUAUAGUCUCAGUUGUGUACCACUAUAAGCCUCCAUAUAUACCCUCCUGUUAAUUGUUCAGCAAGGUGUGUUUAUUUGCUGGCAAUACUUAAACUGCAUUUUAAACUGGUGUGUGAUGUUAUUUGGCAGCCAUAUUAUUUUCUGUGUAAACUAUUCACUGGUUGACUUCCGGAUUCAUCAAACCUUGAACCUCCCCCAGUCUAUACUGGGGGACAUAUUGUUUUUGCCCUGUCUGUUGGUGCAACAGUAUAUUUAUGCAUUAUAUGUCAUACCUUUUAAACGAAAAUUUUGCCCAAAACAUUAUAGAAUAAUUUCU